AAAGGGAGGAGCUGCAGGAGGGGCGGAAGGGGGCGGAAGGGGGGCAGCGUCUGGAGCGCGCGCAGCAAUGGCGGUGUUGGGAUACUGGGACAUCCGAGGGCUGGCCCACGCCAUCCGCCUGCUGCUGGAGCACACCGGGACGCCCUAUGAGGACAAACUGUACAGCUGUGGGGAAGCCCCCGACUACGACAAGAGCCAAUGGAUCAAUGAGAAGGAGAAGCUGGGGCUGGACUUCCCAAAUCUCCCCUACUUCAUCGACGGCGACGUCAAACUGACCCAAAGCAACGCCAUCCUGCGCUACAUCGCCCGCAAGCACAACAUGUGUGGGGACACGGAGGAGGAGCGGCAGCGCGUGGAUGUGCUGGAGAACCAGGUGAUGGAUUUCCGCAUGAGCCUGGUGAUGGUCUGCUACAGCCCUGACUUUGAGAAGCUGAAGCUGGGAUACUUGGAGCAGCUGCCGGGCAAACUGCGGCUCUUCUCCACCUUCCUGGGGGACAGAAAGUGGUUUGCAGGGGAAAAGCUCACCUUUGUGGAUUUCCUCAUGUUUGAUGUGUUGGAUCAAAACUGCAUCUUCGCUCCUCGGUGCCUGGAGCCCUACAGCAACCUGCGUGCUUUCAUGGAGCGCUUUGGGGCACUGGAAAAGGUGGCGGCGUACCUGAAGUCCAGCCGCUUCCAGAAGAUGCCCAUCAACAACAAGAUGGCCAAAUGGGGGGGCAAGAAGGAGUAAGGGGGGGUCCUACCCCCCCCCAACCCUGCGGUGGGGAGAC